UUAGCGGGUAGCUCACUUGAGGCAAGUUCAAAGUAUCCACAAAGCCAGUAAGUUAUUAAAAAGACUUGAUAAACACUGAGAGCAUCUCUUCCAGCCAGAUGGAGGCUUCUCUGGGAUGUCUGCAGAAUCCUGAUUUAAGCUCUGUCCUGUCAUCAUGUGAGCCAGAGCUUCAGGAGCUGAUGAGACAGAUUGACAUUAUGAUCAAUCAUCAGAAGCAGCAGUGGGAGGCUGAGAUUCAGACCAUGAAGCUCAAACUGAAAAGUGGAGAAGAGGAGCUGUUGACUUCCAGGAAUCUCAUUGAACGGAGGGACCUGGAGAUCGGAUUGCUUCGCAAGCAGCUGGAAGAAGCCCAGCCUGGUCGACAAGAGUUAGUUACCAAGUACGAGCAACAACUGCAGAAAGUCCGUGAAGAGUUAGAUAAAUUAAAGAGAAGUUACCACAAACUUCAGCGCAAACAGCUCAAGGAGACCAGUGGAGUAGCAAAUACUGAAGACACGGACCAUUCAGAGGUGACCCGACUAAAUGAAAAGAUUGAGGAAUAUCACCAGCGCUCUGUAGAGUGGGAGCAGCAGCGCAUCCAGUACCAAAAACAACUGACGGCCCUGGAGGCCCAGAAAGAGAGCCUAACUGAUGAGCUCGCACACAUAAAAGCCCAGUGGGCAUCAUUGCAAAAGGAGAGGGAGCACAGGGAGUGUUGCUUAGAGGUGCAGCGUCUGUGUACUCAGCUGGAGAAGGCUCAGGGCAGCCUGCACUCACAGGAGCUAGAACUGGAACGCCUCCGACCCCUCGAGAUGUGCCUGGGACAGUACCAGAGAGAGCAGCAGGUCCUUUCAGAGGAAAGGGAGGAGCUCCACACCACGAUAGAGUCCCGGGAUACAUUUGUGCGAAGAGCCAGUCUUGAGCGGCAGAGGCUCCGCAAUGAAGCUGCCAGACUCAACCAAGUACUACAAGCUAAAGAUCAAGUCAUUCGCUCUCUGGAGGACUGUCUGGCGGCUCAGGGCUGUGCUGGCGUGGAAACCCUCAGACAAGAUCUGGAGAAGACUGCAACCAAGCUCCACUGCGCCCAAGCAUGUGAGGUUCAUCUCAAGGCUGAACUGGCAUGUCUCAAAGAGAGACUGGAGAGAGUGAGCCUACAGAGAGCUGACCAAUCUAAGGUGGAGGAACUGAAGAGCAUUAAAGCGGAAUAUAAUUCCUCUGUUGCUGAAAUAAAAAAGCUCAGAGAAGAGCUCCAAAGGGCCAAGCAGACUCACAGUGGUGAGGUGGAAGGAAUGAGGAAGGAGGUGUCAAAGCUGACCACUGAGCUGCACCAACGUGACAUCGCCGUCGCCACACUGAACGGCUCUUCGUCCAGCAUCAAGCAGCAGCUUCGUGAUGAGGUGGGGCGAGCAGAACAGAAGGCAGCUGAGCUGAAAAUGACCCAGGCACAGGUCGAGACUCUACAAAGUGAGAACCAGCACCUGAGGGGUCUGCAGCAGAGGCUGGAGUCUCAGUCACCUAAGGGGGGUGAUUACUCGCUUGCAUCCCUGAGGGAGAGUUAUGUGUCAUCUCUGAGCCGCCUGGAACAAGAGAAUCGGCAGCUAAGGCAGGCACUUGCUGAGAUGCGCUCCCGACUUGAGGUCUCCAACCUGACGUGUCAAGACAAAUAUGAACAAGCUCUGCUCAGCCACGCCAUGACUGACCAACCACAGCCUGCUCAGGACAGCAAUGAAGAUGCCAGACAUCGCAAACACAGGCAGGAGGUGCAGGCGACGAAAGCUAAGCUGCAGGGGAACGCCACUCUCUACGAAGGGAAGAUCCAUAGGCUCUUUAAACAGCUGCACACCCUGUCCCAGUCCCCCGGAGAGCACCCCUGCAGUCAGGCCCGAGACAGCAGGCCUCAUUCAUCAGCAUCCUCCUCCUCUGGUAGCAUAAGACUCACCAGGAUUAACUCUGUGCAAACCAUAAGUUCAAAUGAAUCCACUGCUGAGGGACAAAGCUCCAGCUCCGAAGACUCUCUGACCUUAUUGUCCAGAGAAAACAUCAUAUCCUCUCCCUCUCUACUGGAGCCUUCGCCAGUGUCACCUGCAGACAGCAUGGUCUCUCGUUUCCUGGAGGAAGAACGCUUACGGUCCACGGAGCUGCUCCAGAGACUGGACACCCACAUCCAGGGUAUGAGCGAGGACAAUGUCAAGACCGUGUCCAAAUACCUGCCAAGUGGCUCAGCGCCCGAGCCUGCCCAGACUUCAGUACAGAAGGGUCAGUGACAGAGUAAGGUGGAAUAAAUGUGGAAAAAGGUGCCUUAAACAGCAGUGCCGAAGACUACGUUCUUGUACUUUAUUAGACUGUUUUUAUUGGAGAGUGACAUUUGUGUGUGGGGUGUGCUUCACGUGACUGAAUUUAAGUAACAUAUAUUUACAUUUUUACACAGUUUGCAAAUUUAAGUUCAGCGCAGAGCUUUGAGUUUCAUAAGAACUGUCAAAAGAA